AGCCGACGUCCCGACGGCGACAGGGGAAGCAGCCGUCCCGGAAUCAAACGGAAAAUUGAAAUAGGAGAACAUUUUUGGGACAGUCUCGUGAAGGUCGAUGUAAAAUCUUCGGACUCCCCGAGAAACGACGCAAAAACUUUUCAGAGAGAGAGAGAGGGGACCCCAAUUUUGCGCCACCAUUUUCUGUUCUUCAAUCUUCACCGUCGAAUUUUCCCAUCACAAGAAGGCGGCUAAUCUUCAAUAAUAAGCAGGGAAGAGAGAGAGAGAGAGAGAGAGAGAGAGAGAGAGAACAAGGAGUGGCAGGAUAAACAGAGGGAGGGAGAGAGAGAGAGAGAAGCAGAGGACGUCCGAGGGACUGACGAAGAGGACCGGCAGAGGCAGAGACCGGGAGAUUGCAGUUCCUGGAGCAACGCCGGAGGGGGGAGGAGGAUCUGGGUUGCGUUUCUUUUGACGGAAUUCUCCACCUUUUUCACUGGGAAAAUUCCUCGAGCUCUUGGUUGCGCAUGCUGCUCCGGCUCCGGUUUUGUCCCUCUGCAGGUUAAUUGGGCACUUCCUCGCUGUGGAUUUCCUUGUUCAUCUGGGUCAUUUAAGGCGGUCUCCCUCGUCUGGCUGUGGAAAUGGAGAAGGAAGAUAAGGGUCAGAGGAGCGAUUUCAAAGCAUCAGAGCCUGAUUUCCUCCUGCAGUGGGGAAACAGGAAGCGACUCAGAUGCGUCAGAGGCAAAGAGUCUGGAGUCUCCCAGAAAUUCAGCGGCGGAAUUCGCCGGAAAAUAUCGUCCCGGGUCGAUCGCUGUUUCAUCGCGGCUGUUGAUAAGGAAAACUCGCAUCUCCAAGCUCAUCGCUUCACCAGGAAUUCUGAUGGGACCACACAUCGGUCUACCUUGAAUGAAAACCAGAAGUUGGCAUCGCCAGAGAAGGAGGACCGGUACUAUUCGACGAGAGGAUCAGCUGGUGUGGAUGAUAAUGGGAAGGUUCCGGUGGAUGUGAAUGGUAAUAUAGAAGAUAGAGGGCUGAUUUGGCCUAAGCUGUAUAUUGCUCUCUCGAGCAAAGAGAAAGAAGAAGACUUUCUUGCCAUGAAAGGGUGUAAGCCCCCUCAAAGGCCUAAAAAGAGGGCCAAAAUCAUCCAAAAAACAUUACUUUUGGUCAGUCCAGGGGCAUGGUUGACUGAGAUGUCGCAAGAAAGAUAUGAAGUGAGGGAGAAGAAGAAUUCAAAGAAGAGACCAAGGGGCUUGAAGGCCAUGGGCAAUGUGGAAAGCGACUCCGAGUGAGUCUGUUUUAUAGAAGAUUUUUUUAAAUGAAGAUGGAAUGGUUUGAGGAUUUGUUAUGGAGCAAAGUGAAGAGUUCUUGAUUAUAUGUUGUGCUUUUAAAGUAAGUUAUCUUCCAUCUUAAGACGACGAGAGCGGUUGAUCAUCAUCGUCACCCUGUAAUUUUGACUCAAUUGUUUUUUGUUAUUGGGAUGAUUGCACCACGGGGAAAUAAAGGAUGAUGCAGAAAGCUCAUGCUUUUCCCCCAGUGGCUGUUCAAAUGCAUCUAAAUUUUUAGUUUGUUCAUCAUCUUGACAUGUUUAUGAAUUGCGAUGUAUUUUGCUUCCUGAAUGAACGGAGGUGGAAGUCCAACUUGUUGUAUAGCGCAAGCCUCCGAGUUUUUGUAAAGUGCAAGCCGCCGCCUGACUUUUGAAAUUGUAAAAAAUUGGAAGUUGAAUUACAUUUCACUUUGCUGCAA